AUGAAUCGUGCCAGGCGAGUAUCUGUUCCCCCCAAGAGGUUCAGGGAUGGGUCCCCAGGUGGUAGUAGGGCUCCUGCAAAGGAGAAAAGAGUGAAUACUGUGGAGAAUCUCCUUCCCUCGCAGGAGGACAUGAUCCCAUGUGGGCAGGGUUCUAAGGCCCCCUCUCUAGCUCCCCCAAGCUCUCCAUCUUUGUAUGAGGAUGCAGAGUCGAGUGGUGGAGAGAUGGAGAUGGGGGAGGCAGUGGACAGGCAGGAGGAUAGAGAGUUUGAGCAGGCCUCGGGCCCUGGGCCUAGUGGUGCAGGGCUGGUGGCCUCUCAGGUAUCCCCUAUGGUGAGGAGUGUUUUGGUGCAGGGCAUGCAGGCCUUGCCAGCUGAGGCAGCAGCAGGAGUUAUGUCCCUCCUGCAGGCCUUGGUGGCGGCAGAUGCGCCUGGGGGUUCAAUAGGCUCUGGGCCCGUUUGUGGGCCUAGUGUAGGAGUAGGCCCCGGGCCUAGUUCUGGGCCUGUAAGGCCUGGGGCUGGGCCCUCUUUUGGGCCUGGUUUAUUGCUGGAGUCCGGUGAGCAUGCCCCUUAUUCUGGGCCUGGGUUGGGGCCUAUGGGGCCUGGGCUCAUGCCCGGAUUGGAGUCAGGAUGGCAGGCGGGGGCUAGUGUGGGUCCCGGUGCAGGGCAGGGUCAGCCUAGUGCCGGUUCUCACCUGGCCCCGGUCCUGGAGCGUGGCAGCAGUUCGGUCAGCACUUCGUGCCUGGCUGGGCGGCUGGAGCCGGGUAGGCCUAUUGCCAGUAGCAGCCCAUACGAGGUGGCUUCGGGUGUAGGCCUCCCGGUUGCUGCUUGCGCGAGUAUCGCGUGUCGUGGCCCCGCCCCUUCUGGUGAUGCACUUCCGGUGUGGCAACCGGAACCGGAAACGCCCCUGCAAGGCCACGGCAGUGAUCGAGGUCACAGGGGGAGGCAGGCAGCAAGCAGGAGCGGGUCCUCACGCGGUACCCGGACAGGUAGGUCGGGGGUACCGGGGCCGAGGACCGGCCCUGCUGGUGGUGUUGGGGGCACUUUGUUGGGUCCGGUGUAUGAUGGGCCCAGGGUCCAGCAGCAGGGGCAAGUGUGUGGAGUGCCUGGAAGUGCAACACAGGGGAAUGUGAUGUCAUUUAGUAGGGAGCAAACUGUGUUACAGCAGCAGGGACAAUUGAGUGGAGUGCCUGGAAGUGCAACACAGGUGAAUGUGAUGCAAGCUGGGCGACGGCAAAGUGUGCAGGGCACGCAGCAGCAGAGACAUUUAGUUUUUGGUGAGAGUGCUGCUGGGCAAGUGUCUGGGGGAGGCAUACAAGAGAGGGCUUUUCCAGAUAGAAGAGGGCAAGGUGUGCAAGGUCCCAGUGUGAGUCGUCGGGUUCCUGUGGGGGCCGGUGUGGGUGUGAACGUGGGGCCUCCAGGGCAGCUUGGGGGUCCUCAACAGCAGGUGGUGCAGCCAGCAGGGCAGCAAGCUAUCCCACCAGUGCUGCUGCAGUUAUUGCAGCCACUAUUGAAUGCGUGGGGUACGCUAGGAGGGCAGGCAGCAAGCGGGGUAUGCAAGUAG